AUGAAGUUCCGCGUUACCCACAAACCUCCGCUCACCAGCCAUUUCACCCGGGCCUUGAGGGACCUCCCGGAGGAUUACACCCACAGCUCACGCCUCGAGUACCGUCAGCUGAUCAACACCUACGGCACCCACUACGUGUCCCAGCUGCAGCUGGGGGGCCGGGUGCGGGACGUGACGGCUGUGAGGGUCUGCGAGGUGGCGCUGGACGGGGUGACGGCUGAUGAGGUCAAGGACUGUCUGAGCCUGGAGACCUCCGUCAGCAUCGGGGGCGGGAAGGGCAAGGCCGAGGCGGCCUUCAGCCAGUGUGAGGAGCAGAAGAAGAAGCAGAACUUCAAGCGGAGCUUCCAUGAGACCUACAGCGAGCGUCACACUGAGGUGACAGGCGGCAACAGCCACGGCGACCUGCUGUUCUCUGAGGGGCAGGAUGCCGAGGUUUUCUCGGCCUGGAUGGAGAGCCUCAAAGCCAGCCCCGGCCUGGUGUCCUACUCGCUGCACCCCAUCCACACCUUGGUGAGGCAGGACAACCCCAAGCGGGAGGCGCUGAGGCAGGCGGUGAGCGAGUAUGUCACCGAGAGGGCCCUGUGGAGGAAUUGCACCCACAGCUGCCCGCCGGGGACCCGGCGCAGCGCCCUUGGCUCCUGUGUCUGCCCCGGGGACGGCUCCACCAACACCAUGUGCUGCUCGCGGGAGUGGGGCCAGGGGAAGCUGACGGUGACGGUGGAGCGGGCCAGCGGCCUGUGGGGCGACUACACCAGCGGCACCGACGCCUACGUCAAGGUCUCCUUCCAGGACCGGGAGGUGCGGACAGCAACCGUGUGGAACACCGACAACCCGGUCUGUGGUCCCCACGGGUCGGGGAGAACAGCCAGCUCCACCUCCAGGUCUCGGACGUGUAACAAGCCGCUGCGCUCCGGGGAGGGAUACCGGUAA